UUUAGUCAAAUAUUAUUUUUGCCGGGAGCACCCACGGAAUAAUUUUCAGUGGUCCUCUCAUAUAAAUGCAACCCACUCAUAAAACCAAGACACAUCAUGGACCAAUUGCACGACCUGGCUAUGCAGAACCAAAUGCGCUUUCAUAGAGAUUCAAAGAAAUAGUCUAAACAAAGCUAUUGCAUUGAACGUCAGGGUAAUUAUAUAACGUGAAUCCGUGAUUUUUACGUCUUGGAUUUGCAAUUGCUAGGCUAUAUUUUCUAACAGAACGAGAUGGAUAAUCGCUAAACCGUAAAACCGAAAAUACCAUAGCCCACACUGGAUUGGCUUUGAUUGGAGGUAGCAGAAGGCGAACUAAAAGUAGGCUACCCGGCAUUGGUAAAUAUGUCUACAUUGAUUUACUUUAGGCUAUAGCCUACCUACAAAUAAACCAAUACGCCUAACAUGUUAAGGGAAUACAGUGGGAUAAAGCUGUGGAAGUCCUGACAGUUGUUGGUCUUUUCAGUGACCAGUGGGCGCUCGCUGCAUAUCUGUUACAUUGUAUCUAUUAAAAUAAUGCAUAAUGAAACUAUAUCUGGCACUUGUUACAGUAACCCACUUUAUUCAUGUUUGAUGUAUCCAAACUCAGUGCACCACCACCAUAGCACAUAGCAUCUUCACACACCCAAAUUGGAUUGUGCCACAUAAAUGAUUUCAGUAGCCUAACCUAUACGUCAUUUUUCUGCAUACGGACCAAAAUGCAAGGAACCUGCUUGUUUUUUUGCCCUGCUAUAUGAAAAACGAUUCUAAUGAUUUAUUGAUUCGCUUGAACAAAGGAACGAAAUAUUGUUGUAUGCUACCUGUACGGGAUAUCAACAUGGAAGGAGUAGGAUGUUACUAGCGUCGGCCGUGGUGGUAUGGGAAUGGCUGAACGAGCACGGGCGCUGGCGGCCUUACAGCCCAGCGGUCUCUCACCACAUCGAGGCAGUCAUCCGCAACGACCCACGGGGUGGUAGUGUUGUCUUAGGCCAGGUGGACACUCGCCUUUCGCCCUACAUCGUCGACUUGCAUUCCAUGCACCAGUUCCGACAAGAUACUGUUCUGUGGCGUGACCCUCGUCUUUCUACCGUUACCCCAGGUACCCUCAGACCGGUUCGCCGCAGCUUCUACGACCCCACAUCGGCGCCGGGUCAGGGCUGGCUGUGGGAGUGGGAGAACGACACAGGCUCGUGGACAGCCUACGACACAGAGGUGGGCAUCGCCAUCCAGGCGGCACGCGACCGCCAGCAGCCCUGGCUGGACCUGGCGCCACUGGGAUUCUGCUACCUCAUCCACUUCCAGAGUAUGACCCAGAUCAACGGGCAGACGCAACGCUGCCGCCGCAUCCAGCGCCGCUCUGACCUGGCUUACCCACUUGUUUCGGGUCCCCUUCCCAAGUCACACCACGCCUGGGGGCCCGGCCCCGGGGGACUGUUGGGGGUGUCCGGAGUAGGCAUGGGGGUGGGGUUGAGCGGGAUGGGGAACGGGAACGGUAGCGCCUACCCCAGCGGCGCCCUGCCAGCCUCCGCAAUCACCUCCCUGGGCCAGCCCUGCGCCUGUCAGCAAUGCAUGCUGCUCCUAAGCGUCAAGGCGGGCGCCAUGGCAACAGCCCACACCCUGGGCAGGAGGCCACCCCAGAACAAGCCUCCCAGCCCCAAACUGAGUGGGGGUUACUCAGCCAUGGGGGGGUCCUACUCGCUCACCCUCCCACGUCCCCCCUCCUCCAUGGGCAGGUCCCUUCCUCCCCACAGAACGUCUGUGGGCGGAGCUAGCGGUGGCUUGGGGGUCGGAGGGGGCGGUGGCUUUGCCCACUCACUCUCCCUCCUGGGUUCGGCCACCGCUGCCCUGUCCCUCUCCUCCACCCGGCCCCCUCCCCCGCCUCUACCCCCCCUUCCGCCUCCUCCGCCUCCUCCGCCCUCCUCCAUCACUUCCAACAGUGCUACUCUUCCCCCCUCCUCUUCCUUCUCCAUGGCAUCCAUGGCUUCCUCUGCCCCUCUGUCGAUGCCCGCGCCCCCCCCUCCUCUCAUCUCCACAUCAGCUUCCUCCUGCACCCCCUCGCCCUCUGCCCGCGUCCUGGGGCCGGUGUCUUCAGCGGCGGCGGCCUGUGCCGCCCCCCUACCUCCCCGUGCCAGCCUAGCUGGGCUGAGCCGACCCGCCCUGCAGCGUAUCGCCAUGGCCCAGUCCAGAGCCCUUAUCGCCUCCGGAGUCCCAACGGUUCCUGUGAAGAACCUCAAUGGAUCCAGCCCUGUUCACCCUGCAUUGGCAGGUAUUACAGGGAUCCUGAUGAGCGCCGCAGGACUUCCUGUCUGUCUGACCCGUCCCCCCAAGCUGGUGCUCCACCCCCCUCCUGUCAGCAAGAGUGACAUCAAGCCCGUUCCCGGCCUCGGCCACUGCUGCCGCAAGACCACCAAGAAGCAGGCUCGCAAAGGCAAGACCCCUGAGGAAGUAGUGAAGAGGUACCUUCAGAAGGUACGCAGUCCCCCAGAGGAGGACUGCACUAUCUGCAUGGAGGCCCUGCCUGGGCCCUCGGGCUACAAAGGCCCUGGUGUUGGUGGCAUCCAGCGGGCAGAGUCAGUGGGUCGCCUGGCCCAGUGUGGGCACCAGUACCACCUACAGUGUCUGGUGGCCAUGUACAACAAUGGCAACAAGGAUGGCAGCCUUCAGUGCCCCACCUGCAAGACCAUCUACGGCGUGAAGACGGGCAACCAGCCGCCUGGCAAGAUGGAGUAUCACGUUAUCCCCCAUUCACUGCCUGGCCACCCCGACUGCAAGACCAUCCGCAUCAUCUAUAACAUCCCGCCAGGCAUCCAGGGCCCUGAGCACCCGAACCCAGGCAAGCCCUUCACCGCCCGGGGAUUCCCCCGACACUGCUACCUCCCUGACAGCGAGAAGGGACGCAAGGUACUGAGGCUGCUGCUGGUGGCAUGGGACCGGCGGCUCAUCUUCUCAGUGGGCACAUCCAGCACCACGGGCGAGUCGGACACAGUCAUCUGGAAUGAGGUGCACCACAAGACGGAAUUCGGCUCCAACCUGACGGGACACGGAUACCCCGACCCAGGCCACUUGGACAACGUUCUGGAGGAGCUUAAGGCCCAGGGGAUCACCGAGGAGGAGUGCCUACCCAGAGACUGAGCUAAAGACGGGCCGAUGGGGAAACAGCAACAGAGAGACUUGUCAGACACUGGAGGGCAGAGCUAAAACAAUGAACAUACAGAGUCAGAGAGACAAAGGAAUGGAGAGGGGGAGUCAUAGACAUAUGAAUAUGUUUUAAAAAAGAGAAGUACAGAAAUGAACACAGACGGUACAAUUGUGACACCCACAGAAACAGACAGCCUGAAAGACAGCAUACGAGAAGAAAUGUAUGAACUGAUGAACAGAUGAGCCAAAAAAAGAACCAUAAAACAAAUCGAGAAACAGACAAAUAGACUUUCUGGCUCUAGUUUCUAGGGACGCUAACUGAGGUACGACAUUAGAAACCCUCUGAACAGGUGGGCUGUGGGUCGGCUCCGCUGCAUGGGUCACUUGUAUGAUGGAAUGUAUAUUUUCUUCUGCUACAUUAAUGGGGCUGUCACAAAAUGUAAUUCAGUGAGAGGUUUGAGGCCACAGUGCACAUGCAAUUCAGUGUUGGACAGAAGCUGUCGUUUAGACCCUGAGAGUUUGACAAGAAUGUACUGAAUCUUAAUUGGUCCAUUUGAAUUCAAUGGUGUACCAAGUUUACCAGAGCGGCUGUAAGUGGUAGGAUGAGCGCUACAAAUGGGUAUUAAAUAUGGGGAAUAUGCUUAAUAGGGUAUUGAAUGGAAGAGAAUACUAGGCUUAAAGUAUUAGACCUUUGGCAGCAUAGUAACAAAUCUCUCGUUACAGAAAACAUAACCUAACAUAGCAGGCUUAAAAGAAUCGUCUGAGCUGCGUUUCUUUCUUUCUAGUCCUGACAAGAAAAUAAAAAAACUGUUAGGGGAUUAUCUCCUCUGAAUCUGCACUGUUUAACCAAUCCGGUAAAUGUGGAGGAGUUGAGAUGGAGUGUCCCCAAAGACGGUUAGCUCUGUGAUGUCGCCUCGUUAACGUCCAAAAGAAGAAGUCCGUCUCUAUUUCCAUUUGCUAUGAAAAGCGGGUGCGUCCGUUUAAACCUACCCCACUGAGGGCGCAGAAAACUUUACAGAGAACGUUCAAAAUAUCUCAAGUGACUGGAUAUGUGUGAGCAUGAGUGUUUACUGCCCUCUAGUGGUACUUAUCGAAAAUACAUUCCCUUUUCCUCUCUAGGUUCUUAUUGGUAUUUUAUUAAUUGCUGUACCAUUUGGAAAAUGCAUUGUUGUACAUUUUAAAUAGUUGAUAUAUAUUGGCUCAGUUGAGUUGAGUAUCAUUUUUACAUUCCAUUUUGUUCUUAAUUUUUAACAUUGUACGUUGUCUAUUUGAUUGCCAGAGCAUUAUUUUCUAUAUGUAAGGAGACGUGUCAAGCUUGAGUCUUCUCGGGAGGGCUCCUGAGUAUUACGAGCCACUAUGAGUUGUUCAAAAAGUUUCACUGAACAUCGAUUUUAGACUCAUCCAUUGCCAAUCAAUAUUAAUAUUUUGGGAACCCUCUUGAUGGGGUGGGUGAGUCUAAAUGUACAAAAUAAGAGUCCUCCUCAGACCAUGGGUGCAUCUCAAUAGUCUUGUGUAGCUUCCUCUCCUAUUCUUUCAUGUCAAUUCAGAUGAAAGAACAGGAAUGGAAAAAAGGCCCCUAUAGACAGUUGAGAAGUCAGAAAUAAAGUUAUGAUUGGACCUGCCACCAGAGGUCAGAUUUGCACUGUACAGGGCAUACUCUCUUUUUAACCUUUAGUCAGAAGGAAACAUGGAAAGUUAGAUAGAACAGUUAAAACUACUUUGGGUUUCAUUGUAUUUUCUUUGUUUUGGACACCGUUGGCACCAUUGGCAGCUCUAAGGAAAGCAAACCUAUUGUUUUUGCCAUAACGAGGUACAAUUUGAAAGAUUUGCUCAGUCGCCAAAACAACCUGUGGUCAAGCAGUCCAGUCGGUUUGUGUUAGGUUCAUGACGGACCUGCUCAUAAAGCGGUACUGUUGACAAUAUUUAUCAGUAUGUGUUAACAUACAAUGUUAGGCCAACAUUUAUACUUUCUGUAUGCAAUGGAUGUAUGUGUUAAUGUACACGACUUAAAACCAUUAAACCAUUUUUAAAGGUAUAACGCAACUGUUCACUUAAUACCUCCUUUAUUUAAUGUGCUCUCUAUUUUUUUAAUCGUUUGUAUCAAAUUGUUUUUUUCAAAUAAUUCAAAACCACUAUUUUUUCAUUUUGAGGUAUUGUUUGGCCACAUUUAAAGCUGUGUGACUACAUGAAGACUUACAUACCCAUUCUACUUUGUGAGUAGGGGUACGUGCAUUUGGUACGUCAUGUGACCUUGUAAUUCUUUCGACGACUCCUGCAGGUGGAUUGGGAAAUGUAGGACUUUAUGUAGUCAGUCGUGUUUUAUGUCAGUUCUUGCAAUGCUCAGUUUGGUACAUAUCAUUCUCUUUCCCAGGCACAUGUCUGUAAAUGGGAAUGAAACAAUGGUUGAAGGCUCAUUCACACUUUGUAUAAAACCUCUGUAAACGUUGUAAUGGCGAGAACGAGUGACGUGGAGACAUCUAUGUUGGCAGAGAAAGUAGUAACAUGUAUAAAAGAUUUGAAGUAACCGUGGGACUAUUAAAUGAACAUGACUAUUA